UUUUUUUGUUUUUUUUUUGAAUUGCGAAUUUGACGAAGCUUAAGAAGAGUAAAACGAUUCCAUAUCGGAAGGAUUCGCACAAGUGAAAAAGGAGGAAGAAGAUGACUACAGUGGCAAUGCACAGCGUCUUCGUCUACGGUAGUCUCAUGGCCGACGACGUUGUUAGUCUCCUCCUCAACCGUAUCCCUCAAACAUCCUCCGCAAUCCUCCCUGAUUUCCAUAGAUUCAGCAUCAAAGGACGUGUUUAUCCGGCGAUUCUACCAGCUAAAUCCGAUACAGUCUCUGGCAGGGUUUUGUUUGGAAUUACAGAUCAUGAACUUUAUGUUUUAGAUGAGUUUGAAGAUACUGAGUAUGAAAGACAGAACGUUCAAGUUUUGUUAACUGAUAGUUCUGAGAAACUGCAAACAAAAACUUACAUAUGGGCUAAUAAAGAUGAUCCUGACCUCUACGGUACUUGGGAUUUCGAGGAAUGGAAGCAACUUCACAUGGAAGGUUUCUUGAAGAUGACUAAAGAUUUUGCUCAAGAGUUGAAUUUACCUGAAUCUGAGGCAUGACUGGCUUGGCCACCAUAUUCAAGAUAAGUUUCCUUAAUGGUAGACACUAGAUUGGGUCACUAUAUUGUUGGUAUUGAAGGGUUAGAUUUUUCAUGAAUACAUUACAUUAUUAGAACUUGGGGGGUUGUGGUAUUACUUCAACUAAACAAGGAAUAAGAAAACAUCUGCAAAUUCUUGUGCUGUGUGUUAUUAUUAUUAAGUACACAUAUAAAAAUGUUUUAGCUCCUCGA